CUUGUUGGCUACUCAAUUGAGUAACAUUUUCUCCGUUCAACGGUUUAUUACUACUAUUAAAAUAUUCGUUGUAUGUACCCAAAUUGUUUUUCUCUCCUCUUUUUUCUCUUUAAAAACAACAAUCGAGAAAUCAUCAUAAUAGAAAGCCUGCUCGCCUUUCAUUUACAAUUAAAAUUUCUUCGCCGGAGAUGAGAAGUAGUAACGAACGCCGUACUCCGGUGGCCGUUAACGGCGGAGGAGGCUGUUAUAGUUAUGAGAGUGAACCUGACUUGGCAGCUAUGGUUAGUGAUUUCAUGGAAAGUAGUAGUACUAGUAGUGCUGAGUCGAGGUAUAGCAGUGAUAAUAAUGAUUCCGGUUACUCUGAUCUCUCUCUUCUAGCUGAUAGAAUAUCGUAUUUGGAGUCAUUCACGCAUCUUCUUGAUGCUUUUUUAAUGCAACAACUUACUUCAACAAAAAAAAUAAGUGCAAAAUGGCAUAGCCACCGCUGUAAGCAAAAUUACUAUCCUGUACCAAAUUCAUGGCUGUACAAGAACUCAGUGGAUCAGUAUGAAAGUGACUUAACAAUGGUGGUUCAUUCCCUUAUUCUUUCAAUGACCGAUUCUUGCCAUAUUGGCAAGCCCGAGACUUGCAAUGCGAGCUGCGUCAGAUCUUAUCUAGUGAAGCUCCUCCAGUCUUGCGGUUAUAAUGCAGAUAUGCGUGCAACCAAGUGGCAGGGUUGUGGAAGAAUUCCUGGAGGUGAACAUGAGUACAUUGAGGUGAUCUCCCAUGGAAAUAAUGGAUGCUCCGAAAGGUAUAUCAUUGAUAUUGACUUCCGGAGCCACUUCGAAAUUGCAAGAGCGGUCAAAUCCUACGAUGUGGUCUUGAAUUGUCUUCCAGCAGUUUAUGUUGGCACAAUAACAAAGCUUAAGCUGUAUCUUCAGGCUAUGGUAGAAGCAGCAAAAUGUUCUCUCAAACAGAAUUCAAUGCCUCUUCCUCCAUGGCGAUCCCUUGCCUAUCUAGAAGCCAAGUGGGAAUCAUCCAGUCAAAAAGUAGUCAAUAUUCAGGUCCAAAGUAGCGUCAGCCCCUCUAAUUCCUCCCAUCGGCAUUGUACUGAACUGCUGUGGAGGAUAAAAUCCUGUAUUGGAUCUGAAAUCAAACCCAAAGGAUUCUUGGUACCUAUGAACUGUAGAAAGAGGCAGGGGCUAAAAAUCGGAUUGAGUCAUUCUUCUCCGGUGACUCCAUGAUCUUGCGUUGAUCAGAAAACACAAUUUUGUUCGACAUCAACUUUCUGAACGUUUUUGUUAUCUCUUCAUUUCCACUUACAACAACUUACAGAAGCUUGAAGAUGAGGUAAAACACUGCGGCUUUAGUAUUUUGUAUCAUAAUAACACGACCGGGGAGUAUCUUGUUCAUGUGCUACCACGAUCAAGGUUUUGCAGUUUUGGUUUUCUACAAGUAGAGUUGCCUUUGGUUUUGUUUUAGCAUCUCGCUAUAUAGAAUAUAUUGUGCAAAUUUUGCCAGUGAACAGGUUUCCCCAAAUUUUUUUUACCUUCUUGGUCUAAAGAUCAUAUUCAAUUUGAUUCUUUCCUGAUACUUCCUCCCUUGACACUUGACUAAUCACCCCCGAUAUCCUUUUCUAUGAAAGGGUUUAAGGUCUAUUCUUUUCAUAUUAACAAACUUGAGUUGAGCCUCGCUUUUAUCAAUAUAUGCAUUGGCUCAUGGCUAGUGGAUGAUCUCAUUGUAAUGACAAUUUCUUUCUUAUUGACUUAUGUACUGUGUACUGUUGAGCAGCAGCUCAUUUGGCAUUCUUUACUCAUGGGCCAGAUGUUUGGAAGUAUAAUUGUGUCUUUUAGAUUGAUUUAUCGUUUGACAAGAAAGCAUUUAGAAAUGCAAGUUCAGAUUGAUUUAUAAUGUUCCUUAUGUUUGGAAACUCCUAACCGUUCAUUUAGAUUGAUUUAUAAUGUAUCUUAUAUUUGGCGUUAGAUUCAAGCCUUGCUUUGGUCUUUUUAAAUUUGUCAAAUUCUUAUUUCUGUCAAUUAUUUAUACAGUCAAACCUCUCUAUAACAUCAUCGUUGAGUCUAAAUUUUUUUGGCUACUAUAACGAAUGACUCUUAUAUAUUUAUAACAACAUUGCCAUUUAAAUAAUAUUUCGUUGUAAUAGGUAAAAAGGGUCCAUAAAAUUUAAUUUUUAAUUGUUAAAUCCUAAGUUUAAUCACUUUUUGUAAUGACCCGUUUAGUCGUUAUAGACAUUCCCCCCCCCCCCCCCCCUUGAAAAUACCUUUCUUGUAGAUUCUCUUUGGUAUUACUUGACUCGUGGAGAUGAUUAAUGUGGUUCCCGAGGCAAUCAAGUGAUGCCUUUGAUUUGUUCUGAGGAUUGUAGAAACUUCUAUUUGGAAUUAGCGGGUAAGGGUUGACCUAUAGUCGAUUUCUGAGAGUUAGUGGAGGACAUAGUAUUUUCUUGUACAGGUGUAUCGCACCUGCGAAUGAAGUGCGGCCCGCAUUUGCGUUGCUUCCUCCGCCUCUACGGAAAAUGGAAAAGUUAAUGAGUUCUGCUUCUGCGAGCCUCCGUCCGCAGAAGCGAGGCCGCAUCUACGACUGUGGAAUUGCUGGAAUCAGAUAACCUUUUUAAUCCUUUGUUUCCAAACUCGAGCCUCAUUUACUCCAAAUGAGGAGUUUUUCAAGGUAGUUCAUUUGGGGUAAGUUCCCUAACCCUAUUUGUGAUUUCAUCUUAGAUUAGUAAAGGUUUUCUUGGGGGAAAUUGUUUUUGAAAGAGAGUCUAAGACUUAUAAACACUAGGUUAUUAAAUGGCUUUCUUAAGUAAAAUCAUGGAUUGUUUUGGGAGGAAAGCAUAUUGUUUAGCUUGGGUAAGUUAUUCCCAACUCCAAAUUCGACUUCUAAAACGAAUUUUCAAGUGGGUUAAUUUAUGGUUUUCUUGAAAUUGGGGGUUUGGGUAGAUCAGAGGAGUUAAAGCUCAUUUAGGUGUAGAAAUGCGUGAGAAUUAGGAUGUUAGAUUGUUUGAGCUUCGAGUGGUCGAAUUUGACAAAAAAGCUACGAUUUUGCCCUUAUGGGCUCGAGAUUUACUAAAGGUCGUUUUCGAGUCCUUUUAGGAGUAUGGUAUCUUGGGUAUUCAUAGACUCGUUUGCUAAUAUAGAAUACUUAUUUGAUUAGACCUUGCUUCGUUCAGAUGCGUUCCACAAAGGGAAAAAGCAUAAGAUGGAUAGUUCGUGACUCCCGUUCGGCUUCAAGGUAGGUUACGGCUUACUUAAGUUUAGACUUCGAUUAGGGACACGUAUGUAGAUAGUAGUUGUUGACGGAGAAAUCAUGAUUAGGGCUUUGGGCAUGGUGUGGAGGUCAAUUCCAAUUAGGUUGGUAUUGCAGCUGUUAUGUGGCUUGUCGCCAUAUUUGUUGUGUUUGUGACUAGGAUUAGUGUGGACUCUUUCCUGACACUACGGUGUACCUUAUUAAGAGAGAUGGAACUUUAGUUGAUUUGUUGUGGCAUUGAUUAGUCGCCUGUCGGUGAUUUGAUAUUCAUCCUAUGAAUGAUGUCUUGUUGAGUUCGGCAUCCAUGACAUGCAUUACUGAAUUCAUGACUUGAGUUAUUGUGGGUUGAUUCAUUGAUUUCAUUGGUUUCAGACAUUAGCAUAUGUUUUCUAGUUCCUCGUAAACUUUUGUAUUGAGGUUGAUUUCAUGCAAUGCAUGCAUCGCAUUGCACACUUCAUGUGUAAUUUGUUACGUUUGUGAUGGAAAUGAUGGUAAAAGUGAAAGUAUAGCUUCCGAGGUAUUUGCCGGAGAGCAUAAAGGAAAAAGAGAGUGCCCAUGAUUCGAGGUUGUUUCUGGAGCGUGAGAGUGUGCUUGUGAUCCGAGGUAUAUCCCGGAGUGAGAGUGGUACAUGGACUUCGGGGGUCGUCCAUAGGUUAUGACUAUGAGACAUUGUCCUUAGCAUGUGUGUAUGGUAAGGAGAGGAGGCCUAAGAGGCAUUGCAUAGCAUGGUGCUGCAUUUGCAGUACAUCCUACAUCAUUGCACGGUACAUUCCCUCAUUGAUUCCUUAGUGGAUGACUUGGUUAAGUUGUUGUUUAUUUGUGUGGUUCUUUAUUUAGAAAUGUGACGGACUUGAGGACUAGAAAUUGCUCCUAGGCCUAUGAUAUGAGAACAGAGACUUUUGUGCAUUUAUGAGUUGUGAACUGUUAUUAGAACGUGCUUCGUGCCUAUGCUUAGAUUUCCUAUCUGCUCUAUACGUUAAUUUAUGCUCAUUUAUAUGUGUUAGACAAUCAAUGUCGGCCUAUAAUACCUAUAAGUACUAGUUUUGUGCUCAUACUACUUUUUUGUGGAGUGUAGAGUUGAUUCCAGGUUUGUGUUCGAGACCUCAUGUUAGAUCCCGAGGAUAUCAUCAGAGGUGUUCAGGUGAUGCUAUUAGCCGGACCUGCAGUCCGGAGUCUCUUCAUAUGUAUUCUGUCGAUUUUAUUCCCACGAACAGUAUUUAUUUCCAUUAGAAGUCUGUAUGUCAUUUCAAACUUUGUAAUUCCUUAUAGGAGCUCUUGUACAAGUUAAGACCAGAUUUUGGGAAGUUUUAUAAUCAAAGUCUUUCUUUCCGCA